AUGUCUCCCGGUCUCCUCGAGAGCAAGUUCCAACGGCCCCAAACUCAGACGGCGGGCCAAUCAUCCGGCGAUGGUGGAACCUGGCGCUCCUCAGCUCUCCUCAGCCCAGGCGGCAGGGAGAAGGUCGGGUUUGCCAUGCAGUCUCUAGGCAUGGCCGUCGUCUCAGACCCCGAGCUGGGACGUCCAAGACUCCUGAAGGAGCUGAAGAUCGCGGUCGAUCAGGAGGCAUCGUGA